GCUCCUCUGAUUGAUCCGCGAAUAGUACAGUGGUAGGUGGGUGCUAGAGCGGUUAGUCCUCCCUGCAGAGGCAUUGCUUGGUUCUCCAGGCAGACACCAAAACCGGCGAGGUGCAUGGUUGUGUCUUGCUACGGACGUUACGAGAGCCUAUUUCCCCGCGCGGCUUAGAUCUCGACAUGGUAGCAUGGAUGGAUGGGACGAUGCUCGCAGUGCAGAUACGAUGCGACGCCCAAUCGGUUUGAUGCUGUGGCCUGGUUGUCUCUUUUCCUUUCUUCCGGUCGCAUUUCAUACGUCUAUUCCAUGCUCAUGCUGUCUUUACCUUGCUCUCCUUUUCUUCUUCGUUCUUACGAGACGCAGCGAUCUCGUCACUGGCCUGGAGUAGUGGGAAUGAUGUCCACAGCAGAGCGACGGCCGGUAGUGUCGUACUCCCGACGAGCAAGAGAGGGUUAUCAGGACCCCAGUGGACGCAAGAGACGAGCGCUUGGCUCUGAGGGGUCUGGAGUGGCGGAGGAGAGCGAUCAGGUCAUCACUCCAAUUUCCCAUAUGGAUCUCACAUUAUUCGUCCCCGACGCGAGCUCCUCUACAAACCGAUGGAGCACCUACAGCGCACCAGACGAGCUGAUGACACCUACGCCAAACGACCCGUACCUCCACCUAUGUACGCGAGAUCCAGCGCAUCGCUCCACCACGACGAUGCGACGCAUGCACUCCACCACCGCCGUGCCCGAUCGCAACACCUUUGCCAGCGACGAAGAUUUUAUGCUCUUCGCUUUUGCGACUACGGGAUUGGGCUCCGAGCCACCUUUUGCGCCGACUCCCUCGUCACCACACAUAUCUUCCCUCAGGGCUUCAAUUCCUCACAGCCGGGUCUCAGUCCCGUGCCGACAACUUCCAUCUCCCCUCGAAGCAGUGAGUCCAAUGACACCCGCGGCACACCCGCUCAGCAGCCUUCGGGACAUUCCACAUGCAUCUGCUCCUCAUUAUAGCGGUGCACCGCCGACGUCGCAGCCGUUUCUUGAUCAGAGAGCAUCUCAGAUCGCCGCAAAUUACAGUAGUAGCUGCGAUGUGAGUCCGUUGGAAGACGAUGUUGACUUCGUCGCCUACAACGUGCGGCCGCCGCCGGGGUAUGAGGAGAGUCAGGGACAAAUACAAAGUGAUCGGCGACUUGAGGCGGCGAGGAGAGCGCAGGAUUUACAGCAGAGGUGGCGAUUGUCUGGGUCGCGGAGGGGAGGCUAAGUCGUUGCGGUGAGCGGAGAUAUACUGCAUGCACGUGAGGGAAGGGCAGAAGGCGCACAACGACUGCGCCGCACUCAAAGAGCACGCGGAGGCGUACGGGGACAUGGACACUCGACACAUCGCAUGUUCAAUGGAUAUUCUCAUCUGCCUCGAUGCACAUAGUCAUCAUACCCCAUUUUCCCUCCUCCUCGUUUUAUCACAAUCCAAUUUCCAUAUCCUCUAGAUCGCAUGCGCAUCC